AUGAACUUCCGUAAACAAUUUUGAUAGAAGUUUUGAUAGUUUUAUUCUAUACACUUGUUUAAUUACAUUAAGUAUUGUCUUGUUUUCUGAUUUCCCAAAACAUGACAGAACAAUUGGAAGUAGCUGUAAAGGCUGGGAGGAUCGACGUCGUGAAUGGAUUUCUUUCCACGUUGGCAGAAAACAAAAGUGAAGAAAAUGCUGCUUUACUGAAGUCAAUUCUGACAACAGCCUGCUAUGAUGGGUCAUCUUUAUUGCAUAUUGCAUCUAAGGAGGAUCAGUUUGAUAUUGUUAGAGCUCUUCUAUCGACUGGUGCAGACCCUACAGUGAAGGAUUUAGAUGGACAUUUCCCAUAUCAGGUUUCAGUCAGUGAAAAAACACGCCAUGUUUACCGAGAACUUCUACUUCAGGCUGCCUCACAAUCCAAAAUACCUCAGUUGAAGCAGCUGAUUGAGAGUGGGGUUGGCGUUAACUUCUCAGAUGCUAAGGAGAGUGCCAACACCCCUCUACAUUGGGCGGCAAGCUUUGCUGACAUCAACACUGUCCGCUGUCUAUGUGAGCAUGGCGCUGAUGUUCAUGCUGUAAACAUGGCUGGCUGUUCCCCGCUGCAUGAUGGAGUGGAAAGGGGAAACAGCGAGAUUGUUCACUGCCUUCUUCAGUAUGGGGCAGACCCUGCUCUACAGAUCACUCAAGGGAAGUGUGCUGGUAUGACAUGCUAUGAGUUGGGAGAGGGUAAACCUGAGGUGUUGGAUGUGUUAAACAACCCGCCGCCCAUACUAGAUGUUGGCAUUGAGGGUGUGAAUAGGGAGAAAAUGACACCAUUGCCAGAAGUAAGGCCACAUCUUACACUUCCUAAUGGGAGCAUACCAAAGAAUGGCAGUAUACCGCUGCGUGACACUGCCAGUCCUGUCCCCACCCCACAACUCAUGUCACCGGUCUUCAAGAGAAGUAAGGCUGUGGAGAUGUCACUAUCCGGGCCCCUGGAGGUUGUAACAGAAGAAAAACUGAGCCGCCUGUGGCCCCAGCCCCAGAGUAUAGAGCAGCAGGAGGGGCCUCCCCUUGUCAUAACUGGCCCCGCCUUUCCUGUAAUGAUCUCCAUGGCUACAGGUUCUGCUCUCCGGGAAAUCAAGAAGAAAUGGCUGCUCUACAAGGACAAGUUUGCCAUGUUGAAUCUUGCACUACUGAUAGAACCAUUCACACCUCUCAGUGACCUGGAUGAAACGCAUGUUGUGUGCCAUGUCAGCCAGAGGCUUUGUCCAGAAAAAGGAGGAUACAAACUAACUGUUAUGAAAAAACAGGUGAAAAUAUUAUCCCAUGACAUCAACAGCCUGCAUCAUGCAAUAGCCACUCUACUUCAGCUGCUAAGAAUGUACCGUGACAACGAGAAAAAGAGAAUAUCUAUACCUCAAUUAAGGAUUGAUGAUUGGCCAGAUGUCCCAUACAGAGGAGCUCUCCUGGAUAUUUCACAGGGCCGGGUUCCUAAUGUGGAGACAUUUAAAGAAACAGUCAAACUACUGGCAUCACUGAAAAUAAAUCAGAUAUAUCUGUACAUAAGAUUUCGUCAUUUAGAACAAGUGGUCUGGCAGAUUUGCUAUGGAGUAGAUGAACUGACAGAUCUGGAUGACUUUUGUCAUGAGUAUGGGAUUGAGCUGUGCCCAGUGCUCGAGGUAGCCCCCACCGUCCAGUAUGAACACCUGAACUCCCUCUAUCCGCUUUUUCAAGAUUUCCUCACAUGCUUUGGAUAUAACCAGUUUGUAAGUGUAGGACCAAGACUGAGCAGUUUUCUCCUUGACGUGGAUGCAGAGGAGGAGCUAAGUCUGUCUGACUGUAGUACCUUGUUACCUGUGCGGUCAGACCAGACCCUGCAGCUUUGUGGUUAUCCGCUACACGACCUGGACAAGCACCUCUUCGCACAAAUUCCCCCGCACAUUGUGUUUAAUGAGUAUGGUGUGCAGGCUACACACAACUACACAGAAGUUUGUAAACCCUUAUCAACUAAUGGGUUGAGUUUCAUAGUUUGCCCGGGAACUGCAGCCUGGACCAGCCUGGCCGGAUGCCCAGAGGCUGCAAUCACGAAUGUGUACAAUGCCGUAAAGUGUGCGACUGCAGAGGGUGCUAUUGGAGUCAUUGUUUGUAACUGGUCCGGCAAAGGGCACUUAACCCACCUGCCAUUCAGCUGGCCGGGAUUUUUGAUGGGGGCAGGACUUAGCUGGAAUUCAGACUGUCACUAUGAAUAUUGCCUUGGCAACCUGGAAGACCUGUUAAAUGAGCAUGUGUUUGAAGCAGAGGGUGGGGUGGUUGGUCACGCCAUUGUGGAGCUGGGACGGGCAGAGACAUAUUUGCUCAGGUGUGCCAGAUGCCAGACAGGAGAGGAGUGUUCAGACCUGCCUGCUGACAAUGGUUCCUUGUUGUAUCAAUUCUUACUCCACCCUGACAGCUCGCUCAUAGAAAACCUUAACCCAGAUAUGCUUCAGAAAGUGACAAGGCAUGUACGGAAAUGUCAGACAGAGCUGAAGACAGCGGAGCUACAUUGUGCCCAGGGUGCCAGUGUCCUCACAGAGCUUCAACAUACCUGUGACCUAAUGCUCCUGGCCUGCAAGAUAGGUCGAGCGCUGGUUGUGUCUGGCAAGAAUCCUGGGGGUCAGGCAGGUUGUGAUGUGGUCAACUUUGGUGUGGCCAACCUCUCUCCAACUGUUAAGACUGACUUGGCUAACAGGCUGUUAGAACUGCUAGAUGUGUAUGAAACUCUCUGGAAGGGCCGAUACUUGGAACCAGGCCUCAAGUUCUAUCUUACAGGCUUCCAGUCUGUCCUCAAACAGUUUAUACCGGAGGGAGAUCCCAGGGCAGGGGGAGAUAAAUCAUAGUAUUAGUGUGGUAAUACUUUGUGUUAAUAGUGUUGUGUGACCAAAAAAGGUGUGCUAUGUCAGUAUGUUGACUCUUAGACUUGCAGGAUUUUGAAACAGACUGGAUAUUUUCUAAAAAGAAUAUUUGAAAAUGUUUUGAUUGAUUUAAAUUCUUUAAUUUAAGUGGGUUAUAUACCAAAGCAUAUCGUAUGUGUAUUUUAAUGUAAAAAAUCAUGAGGGAUAUUUUAUUUUGUUUAUGGCUUAGUUUUACAUAGUUUUAGAAACUCUGUAUAAAAUCAUUUAUUUAUUUUUGGGUAUUCUUUUAUUGGUGUUUAUUCUUUAAAUGUCAAUUGUUAAAGACAGGUUAUAUUGAGAACAAGUUUAACAUGUGGACAUUCUGCAAGAAAAAACAAAUUACUGGACGAAGAAUCUCAUUUGGAAACGAAUAAAAAUAAAUCGUUGAAAAAAAAACUGGUAAAAAAUCUUAAUCUAUGGUUUACCGGUAAAUAUAAUCACAAUAAUUUCUGCUUAAGUAGCGAUUUUAUUUCCAUGGCAUUUGGCAAAGUGCAAUAUGAUCAAAUAUUUUUGUUAAUAAUUAUGAGCUCUAAAUUAUGUGUCGACAUGACAGUAUGGGAAUUACCUGGGUGUCUGGUAGUCAGUUUGACCUGGGUCGUCAAGACAGUCUGGGAAUUACCUGGGUGUCUGGUAGUCAGUUUGACCUGGGUCGUCAUGACAGUCUGGGAAUUACCUGGGUGUCUGGUAGUCAGUUUGACCUGGGUCGUCAUGACAGUCUGGGAAUUACCUGGGUGUCUGGUAGUCAGUUUGACCUGGGUCGUCAUGACAGUCUGAGAAUUACCUGGGUGUCUGGUAGUCAGUUUGACCUGGGUCGUCAUGACAGUCUGGGAAUUACCUGGGUGUCUGGUAGUCAGUUUGACCUGGGUCGUCAUGACAGUCUGGGAAUUACCUGGGUGUCUGGUAGUCAGUUUGACCUGGGUAGUCAUGACUGUCUGGGAAUUACCUGGGUGUCUGGUAGUCAGUUUGACCUGGGUCGUCAUGACAGUCUGGGAAUUACCUGGGUGUCUGGUAGUCAGUUUGACCUGGGUCGUCAUGACAGUCUGAGAAUUACCUGGGUGUCUGGUAGUCAGUUUGACCUGGGUCGUCAUGACUGUCUGGGAAUUACCUGGGUGUCUGGUAGUCAGUUUGACCUGGGUCCUUCAGAAUCAUAGUUAUUCUUUGUAAAAUGCAUUAUAGACUAACAGAUUCGGUGUGUUUUAUGCAAUGGAAUAGAAUUGUAAACUAUUUUGUAUUUCUUUAUGGAUAUACCUUUUACAUACAAGUUUGGCAGUAUGAAUGAUCUGAAAAAUUCCCAACAGACUACCAUAAUGCUACAAGAAAGUUACUUUGGUUGUAACUAAUAUGGGUGUAUGUUCUGUAGGAUGUCUUAUUAUUAUUGCUAAAAAGUGUUGUAGAAAGUUUGUUGAUUCGACUCUUAUAUUGCAACAAUCUCUGAUUUGUUAAAUUGUCAUGCUAGCCUUCAUUAAGAUAUAGAUCAACAUGUAAACCGUUGGUGCAGUCCACAACUAUUUGAAAUUCUCAACAGGCUUUUUGUCCAAGUUUUAAAGAAAUAACUAUUUUUUUUGUAUUUUUUCUUACAAUGUUACUUGCUGAAUGGAUUGGUAUAUGCAAAUUAUGAAUUUAGAUAUUGGCCAUCAUGUCACUAUGUUUUCAAUGUUGAUGGCCAAAGGCAAUAUGCUGAUUUGCUAUGCAAUUUUCAUUGGUAUAAGACUAGAAAUGGCUUUUACAACCUUCAACAUGUUAUGUGGUGUUAAAUUAAUGAAUUUUCUUGUAUACAAAAAUAUUAUAUACAAUGAUUAGCGCAUAUCCCGUAAAGCAUAAUAUUUUUACUUUUAAAGCAUAAUUGAUAUGUGUAAAAGCGAUGGUGUAAAAUUUGCAAUAUUGCAACAUGUAAAUGCAUGCAAAAUUUUAGUGUUACACUGCCACACAGCACUUACUUAAAGUACAUCUUUAUGUCUAUUACAACAUAAUGUGGUAUCUAUGAGAAGGUGAUUUGCUGGAAUAUGUAUGUUUAGGUGAAAUAACUUUAGCAUGGUGCUAAUGCUUUUUUUAUAUUGAACAAUAUUGUACAUUGAGGGUUACUUACUUUUUACUUUUUUUGUAUGCAAUGGUAGUUAACUAGUUAUGUAUAUAUAUAUAUAUAUUUUAUAUGUUAGGGAUGCGAUAAAAUUGCAGAAUGUA